AUGAGCUCUGCAUUUUCAAUCUCACCUCCUGUAUAUCUGCAACCUUCCUCAACCUCGGCGUCGCUCCACUCUGUCCAAGCGUCGGAACCCCACUACCUCGAAUCGCAACCGGGCUCAUUUCCUACCGGCACCUCAAUUCCAGGGUUCCACCAGAGCUACCCGAAUCACCAAUCUCAGUACCUCGCCUCUGAGGCUACACAGCAAAUGAACGGCGUAAAGUUUGCGUCCUCGCAAGCGUCUCCCAAUAGUGGAGCCGGCAGUACCGCUGGAUCGGCGUCGGGCUCUCGUCGAACACAAACACCGGGAGAAGAAGUAGAGAUGAACCAUGACGACAAGCCAGAUGGUGAUGACGACCCGGCCAGCUACGAUCCCCUUCGGUAAGUGCUGAUCAAGGUAAUUUAUGGUGAACAACGCCGAUCUGAUUGCUGACUUUUGUGCGCGCUAUGGGCUUGACAGUGUCAAACACCGACGACGGACAUCACCGCAGCAGCUCAAGGUUCUCGAGCACCACUUUGGGCGAAACCCCAAGCCUGAUGUCAAUGUUCGUAAGGCGCUGUCGGAACAACUCGAGAUGACCCCUCGAGAAGUACAAGUUUGGGUAAGUUCGAGCAUCGCACCAUAUACUUUGCGUUCGGGGCCUUGGCGCUUAUGCAUUUCUGUUGUAGUUCCAAAAUCGUCGCGCCAAAAUCAAGAAGCUGCGUGAGAAGGCCGUGAAGGACGGAAUCGACCCUGCGUCGGUCGACGGAUCGGCACGAGUGCACCCGGAGGAUGCGAGCACAGGAGAGCAGCAAUACUGGGCGCACGCCAACGGCCAGAACGCGCAGGAGCACGGCGCGUACUAUGAGAGCUACGCAGCGAAUGGUGGCGAUUACGCUCACCAGCCCGACUACGGCUUCGAUUCCCGCGCUGCUCACUACGCCCCGAAUCGUAAGAGCUCGCAGUCCCCACCCGAUGGUUACUACGACCCAUCCGGGCGGCCGCCAUCUACGAGUGGGCCCAUCUAUGCGACCGCUCUUCCUGCGCACGCCUCGACGAACGUGUACGGUCAACCGACGGGCCGAGGAGGGUAUCCGACCCCAACAUCGCUCCGGAAUCAAUCCCCUCUCGAUGCGCUCCCGGCCGGCUUGACCGACGGCGUGACGGAACAAGGAUACGUCACAUCGCAGGCACCACAACGGUUCUCCUUGCCCGCCUACGAUGGGGCAGGAACGCAGAACAGUUAUCACAGUGCCGCAGAGGGCCACCACUCGUUGCCCUACGCGACACCCCCUAUCGAUCCUCAGCUCACGCACGUGUAUCGCGAGUACGACUACAUCAGUCGACGCGAUGACGACGAGGGCUCGGACCUGCACGAGGACAUAGCCGACACGUACUCGAUCGCUUCGCACCACCACCCCUCGACCUCAUCUUUCAAUCUCCCCCUCGACCCCCAGCUUGCCAACAACUCCCGACUGGCCGAACAUCGCGGCUCCGUGCAAGCACUAGAUCAAGCUUUUGACGCGACGCUGAACCUUGCUAACGGGUCCAACGCGAACGUCGUGACGUCGCCGACGCGUAUCGGGGGUAUCGCGGCGCCGCAAUCGCCCGUCGGCGCCGACGUUCGCACCGCGUACGCUGCACCGGCUUUUGCCCCGUCCUCCGUUCCGACGACGGAAUAUGUCUAUGGCGCAUGGCCUCAGACGACGCCCGCGGUGAACUACUUUCCCACGGUCGAUCGAGCAGCGUACGGAAGGCGUGGAUCUCUCCACUCGAUUCCUGAACGAAGUGGCGGCAUUGACCCUGCCUACUCGAUGGCACCCACGGGUUCCAUUCCCGCGCCUGCAACUUCCUCACCCGAUCAGGGCCAAUGGUUAGGAGGCGCUGGUCCCCAAUCUGGACCGAUGAUCGAGCGACGAGGCUCGAACGCCAGUCUGGCGAGGAAAGUGAGGUCCAACAACAACCUUCGCACGCCUUACCCAACCCAAGAUGCGAGGGGGCGAUCGCCGACGGGAGCCGGUAUCGACGCUAGGGUCGUACCGGAUGGGCUGCAGUAUGUCCUGCCAACGUCGACGACCCUCGAGCCAACGAUGGUCCAACAAGCUUAG